UUUCAGUGCUUAGUUCACACCAAACAGGAGGGUCUAUACUUUAUCCAGAGCCCCUAGCUUUCAAAUCCAAGCUCCGCCUCUCCAGCAAGCGCACCCACCUUGUCCACCAGCAGCAGCAGCAGCACAGUGCGCCAGGCAGGCAGCGGGAGUCAGGCGUGGGUCACACCGGGGAGCAAGCAAGAAGACGGACCGGCAGCAGCACUGAGUGAUAGCCGCUGCACUACGGAGAAAAGACUGUUAGGGGGAAACUCCGUAAUAAGACUUUAUAGGACUAAGGGGUAUCCUUCAUUUUGUCAACCGUGAAAGGGAACUCCUUCACUGCCAAAUUUGGGAGUACCGAACCCGGUGGUGUUAGGGGGGAAAUAUGCAGUUGAAGCCCGACUCUGUCAGCCGCGCAGCUGGCCUCAGAGGCUGGUGAUGCCCGGCGUGCCGCGCGGGGAUCACCGCCCAGCAGCAGGAGGGAGUCGAGACAACAGUGCCUCGGGAGGCCGAUGAUGAUGCUGGUAAAGUCGGGAUCAUGGCUAACGGAACCGGUACUAUCAUGUUAAAAUGCGUCGUGGUCGGAGACGGUGCAGUGGGCAAAACGUGUCUUCUGAUGAGCUAUGCCAAUGACGCCUUUCCAGAGGAGUAUGUACCCACAGUGUUUGAUCAUUAUGCAGUGAGCGUCAACGUUGGUGGAAAGCAGUACUUGCUGGGACUGUAUGACACAGCUGGUCAGGAGGACUACGACCGCCUGAGGCCGUUGUCCUACCCGAUGACCGAUGUCUUCCUCAUCUGCUUCUCAGUGGUAAACCCAGCCAGUUUUCAGAAUGUGCGCGAGGAAUGGGUGCCCGAGCUGCAGGAGUAUGCACCCAGUGUCCCCUACCUGCUCAUUGGCACCCAGAUUGACCUUCGUGAUGACCCCAAGACCAUUGCCAAACUGAAUGACAUGAAGGAGAAGCCCAUACCCACUGAGCAAGGACAGAAACUAGCAAAGGAGAUUGGUGCAUGUUGCUAUGUGGAAUGUUCCGCUUUGACACAGAAGGGCCUGAAGACGGUGUUCGACGAGGCCAUCAUCGCAAUCCUGACUCCCAAGAAAAAGAAAGGAGCGCUGAAGAGAAGACUGGGACCCCGCUGCAUCAACUGCUGCCUGAUCACGUGAUAAAUUAACCUCCUGGAGAUCAGUCAGCAACAAACCAUAAACCAAACCUGGACUGCAGGCAAAAGACAGACAAAAGAAAAAUGCACAGACAGCAGAGUGAGAAACAAGAGGACUGAAAAGGACAAAACAAGAGCUACUUUUAUGCUGCAGGGCUCUUGAAAGGCCAUAACUCUCUCCUGCUGUCCCACACAGGUUGAGGAUGCAGUUUACUACCAAAGGAGCACAAAACCCAAGUCUGUCUCUUCUUCUAAGACUUUUAGCUUCUGACGUACCUUCUUUUAUAACCAUUUUUAAUCAUUUGUUCCUUGUCUUAAGCUGUCAUGCAAAGAGUUCAUAUUAUUUCUAUGGUUUGAAAGCUACAUUUGUGCAUUUCUCUUAAAAAAAGAGCAAAUCAGAGAAAGCCUGCAACCUGUAAAUAAUGAGAGUCUGACCUAAGUGACACUGUGACAGUGGCCAGGAUAUAUUUCUGGACAUAAGGACCCAGUUUUUGGAUUUAAAUCGAAGACUCUGUAAGUCUGUCUCCAAUGAUAUGCCAAUUGGGCCCUGCAAACAAUAUCACACAAAAUGCAACGAGUGCAAUUCUGCCCAGAAACCACAUUUUGGACCUAACUGUAUUAUUUUAAAGUUUAAGAGUCUUGCUUUUGCCUUAUGAAACAUAUUACUUUAGAGUGUGGCAUGCCAAAACAUAUUGCAAGUUCCAGGCUGAGUUUUUCAUCAGGAACUCAAGAGGUUUAUUAUCCAUUUUCUAAAUAUAUAUUGUCCAGAGUUUAUGAUUCUCUAAGAUAGAGAUGAUCAUGUCAGCUAAUAAUAACUUUCUUUUCGUUCGAUUUUUGCUAUCCUUCAAUAAUGUGUUAUUAUGUUAUCAACUUCAAGAAGGUUCAGAAGAGAUCUCAUGUAAGAAGUUAUAGAAUGAUUCACAUCCGACUUCCAAAGAAUCUAAUGCACACUUUUCACAAAAUCAUGCGGCUAGGUGACCCAAUACUGUAUAUCUAAGGCACAACAUGAAUCGCAGUCAGUGCCAUUUCAUUUCCGGCACAACAAAGCACAUUCCUCUGCUUUAAACACAGUUCUCUCCCAGAGAAGGCUGAUUGAAGCACAGAAGAUGCACACUGUUCCAGCAGGCACAACUAUGAGCAUAGCACACUUACCACGCACAAUCAUAUUUCAUCCAGUAUCCAAAAUACUUCAGCUUUUCAGGGAAGACACGGACUCAAGAAGGUGCAUCAGCUGUUCAAAAGUUCAAACUUCACUCCAAUUUAAAAUGGGGUGCACAACACAAACUGUGUUACAUAGCCUUAGCCAACUGAACAAACUGACGUUAGCUUAAAAACCAUGACUCGUUUCGAAUGGAUAAUGGAAAAUGGUCAACACAUCUGACCUGAUGUUUAAAAAAUCUGUUUAAUUUUGGUGUCAAGUGUCCAUUAAAAUGUAUUUUAAACCAAAACAACAAAAUAUCCCUGAAAAAAAUACAUAAAAAGCCAAUAAUGCUGGGCUCAAUCCCUAGCUAACGUUAAAUAUUGUAUGUUAGCAUUAGCCUAACUACCCACCUGUCAUCAGACGGUUUGAGUUGGUUUACAGAAAUAGGAGGGUUCUUCCACCAAUAGCAGAAUGAUAAUGGAACAGAUUCUGCAUUUGUAUGCCAAGAUAUGACAAGAUUUAGUUAUCGGAAGCAUUAAAAAGCAUUAAAACAUAUAGGCUAAAAUGCAAUUUCAAAAACCCAACGGCUAUCGUCUGACGAUGAUUUAACUUUUAUUUAUUUUUAAAUUUGGUUGUAAACUGGCUACUUGUGAAACAAUGGAGUUGUAUGUGUGUGUAUCAACUACUCCAACUUGAGUCUCACAAAUUGCUUAUAAAUCGACCGGCGCACCACGGUUGCACCGGAACCACCCCAAAAUACAAAUAUAGCCCUUAUUGGAAUACAACUAUUGCUCGGAUAAAUGUUCUCUCUUUAUGCCCAAAUGCUGUAUCUUGAAAUGAAAACAAAAGUGAAAAAUGAAGUGUAUCUGCCCUGUGUUUCAGAUUCGCUUCAAAAUGUAACAUGUUUGUCCUUGACCCAUACUACACCCUUGCACCAGUUUGAUGAAAAUCAGCCCAGUAGUUUAGCUGUAAUCACUAAAUUGAAACUAGCUCAUAGUCACUAAGAACUUAUAAAGGACUUUACAUACAAACUUAAUGAUGGAUUAAUGAAAAGAUGGUGCAACCCCAUGCAGAAGUUCAUCUUUCGAUAGAGUUUAAAUCAAAAUGAUUGCUUAAUUCAAAGUUAUAAGGUCCUCACAUGACAGCUUUUUAUAUGAUCUAUAGAAAUGUGAGUCCGACAACCACACGUAUACUAAUCCCAUCUUUUAGUCACACUGUAGAAACAGUUAGAUUGCCAUACCAAGAAUACAUUUUCCGUGUAAUAGUCACAUUAUACGACAUCUCCAAUAGCAAUUGAGAUAUGUGGAGUUUACCUGGAUUUGGAGUUCUUUAUAUAUCUCUAUGAUCUCCAAAAACAAGUGUAUGCAACAAAGGUUUAAAGCCUAUAUGUCCAUAGUAGGCCUACUGUAGGUAACAACUUUAGUGUGUGACUCUUGCAAGCCAAACAUCCAAAAAUAUCAGCUCUUCUCAUUUUUAAGCAUUUAUCGGCUUUUUCUAACUUUUUCAAAAGAGAUAUUAAUCAAAGGUGCCAACUCUUGCUGAAUGACUUGUGUUGAUAUUGUGUUGAGAUACGAUGAUUGAUUAAAGCUUUAAUGUAAACGGUGCUCCUCCUCUCUGUCCCAGCCUGCGUUGCAUAACCGUGUCUCUGCGGGGUGAGCAGCCUUCCCACUCGGACAGUUUUGCUUGCUUAUGUUGUGUGACGGUCCGCCCUCAGGAUACAGGACCUAAAGUGCCGCAGCCACCAAUGCAUUCUCCCGUUGAUGCUCCUCUCUUCUCAAUAAAUGUGUUAACUGUGUUAAUAA